AUGCAUAUUGAGGACAAGGUUUCUCACAUCCUGAAUGUGGCCUUCGGGGUGGAGAAUGUGUUUCCUGACCUGUUCAUCUAUAAGACUGUCAGUAUUCUGGAUCAUCCUGACGCUGAUGUACUGCUUCACAUCCAGGACUGUUGUGACUUUAUCCAGCAGGCUCGCAGUGAGAAAGGCGUGGUGUUGGUCCACUGCAAUGCUGGCGUGUCACGGGCGCCGGCAGUGGUCAUUGGUUACCUGAUGUCAUGUGAUGGCCAGUCCUUUGAUGCUGCCCUCUCAUUGGUCAAAUCAGCUCGGCCAGUCUCAUCCCCAAACCCUGGCUUCCUGGAACAGCUGAGGAAGUACAAAACGCAGAUGAUGAAUGGAUCCAAACACUAAAACAGGCAGGGUGGUUAAACAGUUUAAGAACAGAUAAAUCUGAUGUUAAGGAUUUAAUGAUCAAGAAUAAUUGGACCAGACGAUACUACACACCACUUACACUCUUUAAAAUGGUUUGACAUAAGAUACCAAAUGUUCUAAAUGUAAGGAUGAAUCUGUUAAAAUCAAAAAAAUUAUCUUCCCUCUAGCGAUAUCUAUUAUAUUUGGGAUUAUUUGUCUACAUUUUGAGACAAAUUAGUCUGUAGUUACUGUCUGUAGACAAUAUUCCAGUCAAAUCACCAUUGACAUUAGAAGAUGUGAAAAAUAUUAUCUCAUCAUGUUCGUAAUUAAUACCCAAAUUAUUUAGCUAUGUCUAAAUGUAUGGGAUUAUCAACCAAAAUUCCUGAAAUUAGGUGUUCAGUAGCUUUUUAACCUAGUUACAUCAUGGCAUUGUGAUAUGAACAAUAGGAAACACAUUAGGAUGGAACAUUGUCAGGAGUUUAGAUCCUCCUGAAGACAUUUCAGUAUGUUAUAAAGAGUCAUUAUUAACUUCAAAAGACAUUUUCUUGUUUGCGUGUUACUAUAGAUGAUGACCUCUUUGUGUUUUGGUGCUUUUGUUCUCUUAGUCAUCUCUGUGUUUUGUUAUGUUGGAUUAAUAUCUGUGGGGGUAAUUCAUCCUCUGCAUUUGACCUUCACCAAUUCAUCCUCACUGUUUUGGAGCAGUGGACA